AUGACCACCACCAACAAGAAGUCUGCCCCGGUUUCCGACUCCGACUUCGCCAAGGCGUGCCGCGAGCGCUUGGACAAAGACAAGGGACAGGUGGAUGUGAAGAAGGUCGCCCAGGACCUCGGUUACGCCAACCACCGAUCUGUCAUCAGACGCAUGAAGACUCUUAUCAAGUACGGUAUCCACUUGGAUUGGGUGGGUUCCCGCAAGUCUCGUGCUGCCGCCAAGUCUGGCGCCAACGACAUCUCCGCCAACGAGGCCUGCGGCGCAGGCCGCUACAACCUUCGCCCCCGUGGCAAGGCCGCCCGCGCAGUCAGUCCCCGAGAGGAGGCCGAGGAGGAAGUUCUUGAGCCCGAGGUGAAGCCCGAACAGAAGGAACCCAGCCCGCUGGCCAGGCUUCCCUCGCCUUCCGAUCUAGGGACUGACUGCUCGGGGGGCGAUAUCUCCCACGGGGAGGUCGACGGGUAG